AUGACUGACAAUGAGACCCGUUUAAGUUUAAGUCGACCGACGCCUCUCGACAUUGUAGCAUUCAUUCCGUAUGCUUGUUACCAAAUGGAGGCCCAAUUCGAAGUCAGAAUGUUGACACGCGUUAAGAAGGAGUAUGUGAGUGUAGUUGAGAAGAAUAAAAAGUCGAGACGUGAAAAAUCUAUCAUGCAAUACACGUCAACCGCGCGCAUGUCUCGCGAAAAGGAAAAAUCAGAGUCCCAGUUAGCGUUCGGCGUCGUCGACCAAAGUCAGCUCGUGUUGAUCACCGUCAUUUGUGACACCGCCGGUCGCUUGGUCGAGUUGCUGUUCCAGCACACCAAAGUGCCCUUAUUGCUUCUGGAGGUUAUAGGCUUUUGUCUUCCAUAUCAACCAUACUUGAAUAGAAUCACUAUACGCUGGGGCGCUAUCGACGGUUACAGCAUCUACGAGAUGGCGAAACAUUUGCGACAGUCUCAAAUAACAGAAAUAUGCCUCGACGAUUCUCCGGUUGCGCAAUGCAAUCAAUACUUGCUCCUCGAGAAUGAAACUAAUUUAAAAUUCUUGAGCCUGGAAAGAUGCGGUUUGGUCGAUAGAGAUUGUAUUCGUAUUGCAGCUAAACUGGUUUACCCGCAGCCCGCAUCUCGCACCCUGCGCGUCUUGUCGCUGGCCUCGAACACUAUAUCCGACGAAGGCGCCGUUGCUUUAGGUACAAUGCUGCGCAGCAACCGACAGUUGCGAUUCCUUAACUUAUCUGGAAACCAAAUAACAAAUAGCGGAGCGGCGGCAAUCUUCAGUAGUUUGAUGGAAUUUCCCAUGACUUAUGAUGAAAUUGUUUCGAAACGAGCUCGAAGUAUAGAAUAUUUAAAUAGGCAAAAAGAAGUUUAUAUGAAAUGCUACAAGGAGUUAAUUAAUACAGACACGAUACGUAAAGAUGCUUAUUCAUAUUCUAUCGGUAACCUGAGUCUCUCCUACCUUAAUCUGUCCUAUAAUAACCUGGGACAUGAAAGCCUAGUAAAACUAUUACAGGUGAUACGAUACCAAGAAAGUUUAAAAUGCAAAACUCAAGUUGGAUUGGUCAAAGUUAUGGUGGAGGGAAAUCCGAUGCCAUGUAGGAGUGGGGAACUGGAGGCUAUACAAGACUUCACUUACUGCAUUGGUAUGAGUGGAACACAAGUUAAAUACGAAAAGAUCAAACCUAUGAAAAUUGGUAGAAGAUAG